AUGGCAGUGCUACUGAGCAAGUGGCGGCGGCAGGUGCAGUGGGGCAAGCAGCAGUGGAGCUGUGCCCGGCAAGUGCAGCUGCGAAAGCAGGUUCUGUCUCCCGUGCACUCUGGCUGGGUCUCCACUGCAGUGACCUCCGAGGGGCUCCGGGAGAGGGGGGUAGCAUUUGGUGCUGGUUGGCAGGUGAAGCAGAUCAUGGAGGAGGCCGUCACACGGAAGUUUGUCCACGAAGACAGCAGCCACAUCAUCUCCUUCUGUGCGGCUGUGGAGGCCUGCGUCUUGCACGGGCUGCGGCGGCGGGCGGCUGGCUUCCUGCGCAGCAACAAGAUCGCGGCUCUCUUCAUGAAGGUGGGCAAGAGCUUCCCGCCAGCUGACGAGCUGAGCCGCAAGGUCCAGGACCUGGAGCAGCUGAUAGAGAACGCGCGAAACCAGAUCCAGGGCCUCCAGGAGAAUGUGCGGAAGCUGCCGAAGCUACCCAACCUGUCCCCACUUGCCAUCAAGCACCUGUGGAUCCGCACGGCCUUGUUUGAGAAGGUCCUGGACAAAAUUGUGCAUUACCUUGUGGAAAACAGCAGUAAAUACUACGAAAAGGAAGCACUCCUGAUGGACCCUGUGGAUGGCCCCAUCCUUGCGUCUUUGUUGGUGGGGCCCUGUGCCUUGGAAUACACCAAGAUGAAGACGGCGGAUCACUUCUGGACCGACCCCUCUGCCGACGAGCUCGUCCAGAGGCACCGCAUCCACAGCUCGCACCUGCGACAGGACUCGCCCACCAAGCGCCCCGCCCUCUGCAUCCAGAAGAGGCUUUCGAGUGGCAGCAUGGAUGACCGCCCAUCCCUCUCCGCCCGCGACUAUGUGGAGUCCCUGCACCAGAACUCCAGGGCCACCCUGCUCUAUGGCAAGAACAACGUUCUCGUUCAGCCGAGGGAUGACAUGGAGGCUGUCCCAGGGUACCUGUCCCUGCACCAGACUGCUGACCUCAUGACCCUGAAGUGGACACCCAACCAGCUGAUGAAUGGGUCUGUGGGAGAUCUGGACUAUGAGAAGAGCGUCUAUUGGGACUAUGCCAUGACCAUACGCCUGGAGGAGAUCGUCUACCUGCACUGCCACCAACAAGUGGACAGCGGCGGGACGGUGGUGCUGGUCAGCCAGGACGGGAUCCAGAGGCCACCCUUCCACUUCCCCAAGGGAGGGCACCUCCUGCAGUUCCUCUCAUGCCUGGAGAACGGGCUGCUCCCCCACGGGCAGCUGGACCCACCACUCUGGUCUCAGCGGGGGAAGGGCAAAGUAUUUCCCAAACUGCGCAAGCGAAGCCCUCAGGGUUCUGCCGAGUCCACAGCUUCAGACAAGGAAGAUGACGAGGCCACGGAUUACGUGUUCAGGAUCAUCUACCCCAGCCUGCAGUCCGAGUUCGUUGUUCCCGACCCCUUGGGCAGCACAUCCUCGGUCUCCGUGGGCCCUGCCUGGAUGGUGGUUCCUGUGGGCCGGUCCAUGCUGGUGGUGGCCAGGGCCAGUCGGUGGGCCCAAACCAGAUGGGACGCCACCCUUCCCAUACCAGGCUUGAAGCAGCAGCCCCCCAUGCCCCAGGACCUGAUGGAUGUCUCCAUGAGCAACCUGCCAUCCCUAUGGCAACCCAGUACCCACAAAUCCUCUUGCUCAUCCUGUUCACAGAGUGGCUCAGGCGAUGGUGGCUCAACCAAUGGCUGCAAACAUGAGAGGGCUCCCCUGAAGCUUCUCUGUGACAACAUGAAGUACCAGAUCCUUUCCAGAGCCUUCUAUGGAUGGCUUGCCUACUGCAGACACCUGUCCACCGUGAGGACCCACCUGUCAGCCCUGGUCAAUCACAUGAUUGUGUCUCCAGACUUGCCCUGCGAUGCUGGACACGGGCUGACGGCCGGGAUCUGGGAGCAGUACCUUCAGGACAGCACAAGUUACGAGGAGCAGGAGCUGCUGCGCCUUAUCUACUAUGGGGGCAUCCAGCCCGAGAUCCGCAAGGCCGUGUGGCCCUUCCUGCUGGGCCACUACCAGUUCGGGAUGACAGAAACGGAAAGGAAGGAGGUGGACGAGCAGAUUCAUGCCUGCUAUGCACAGACCAUGUCCGAAUGGCUGGGCUGUGAGGCAAUUGUGCGGCAGAGGGAGCGGGAGUCCCACGCAGCCGCCCUGGCCAAAUGCUCAUCAGGGGCCAGCCUGGAUGGUCCCCUGCACCGGAUGAUGCACAGGGACUCCACCAUCAGCAACGAGUCCUCCCAGAGCUGCAGUUCUGGCCACCAGAACAUCCGCCUGCAGAGCGACUCCAGCAGCAGCACACAGGUGUUCGAGUCUGUGGACGAAGUGGAGCAGGUGGAGACAGAGGGCAGGUUGGAGGAGAAACAGCCCAAGAUCCCCAAUGGGAACCUGGUGAAUGGCACCUGUUCCCCGGACUCCGGCCAUCCUUCCUCCCACAACUUCUCCUCUGGCCUCUCGGAGCACUCGGAGCCCAGCCUGAGCACCGAGGACAGUGUCAUGGACGCCCAGCGCAGUGCCUCCCUGGUGCUGCGACCUGGGGACAGCAGCGUGGACGAAGGGCAGAGUAGCGAGGCCACCACUUCCCGGGACGAGGCUCCCCGUGAGCAACUGGCCGUGCAGGACAGCCUGGAGAGUGACCUCCUCGCCAAUGAGAGCAUGGACGAGUUCAUGUCCAUCGCAGGCAGCAUGGACGUGGCUCUGCCUGAAAAGGAGGGCCCCCCGAUGGAGGGCUGGGGGGGCAGCGAGGCGAAGUGCAGCCGGGCGGACAGUGAGGACAACCUCUCAGAGGAGCCCGAGAUGGAGAGUCUCUUCCCGGCCUUGGCUUCUCUGGCCGUGAGCACAGCUGCCAACAACGAGGCGUCCCCCGUGUCAUCCAGCGGUGUCACCUACUCCGUGUUAAGAGAAAAAAGUUCCUCGGGCAGUGGUGGAGUUGAUGGUUUCUCCUGUGCUCUUUCCCCAGAGGCCCUCACCUUCAGCUGCUUCACGGAGCUUAUGAAGAGAAUGAACCAGAACUUCCCCCAUGGAGGCGCGAUGGACACACACUUUGCCAACAUGCGGUCACUAAUCCAGAUCCUGGACUCAGAGCUCUUUGAGCUGAUGCAUCAGAAUGGAGACUACACUCACUUCUACUUCUGCUACCGCUGGUUCCUGCUGGAUUUCAAACGAGAACUUGUCUAUGAUGAUGUCUUCUCUGUCUGGGAGACCAUUUGGGCAGCCAAACACGUCUCAUCCACCCACUACGUCCUGUUCAUCGCGUUGGCUCUGGUGGAGGUCUACCGUGACAUCAUCUUAGAGAACAACAUGGAUUUCACAGACAUCAUCAAGUUCUUUAAUGAAAUGGCCGAGCGACACAACACCAAGCAGAUCCUGAAGCUGGCCCGGGACCUCGUGUACAAGGUGCAGACUCUGAUUGAGAACAAGUGAGGGCCGCCUCACCCGGGCAGCCUCAGCCAAGCUGCCACCUGCCUGUCGUGCCCACUUUUCCUCCCAGCCACCUGGGGAGCGAGGUCCUGGUGUCUGUCUGUGAGCAUGGACUUCUGUGCAAAGAGAAACUGGCCCGACUUUGGCCGCCGGGCAGGUGGGGUCGAGGGCUUGCCCCUUGAGUUCAGCCUUACGUUUUCCUGUUUGACCAAAGAUCGCCCGUGUCUGGGAUUUCUCCUUGCGGGAACUGUCGGUGGAUGGAGGGAACAUCUUUGUUCAAGGCCUCCAGACGUCUUCUCUGUUCUUCUCUCCCCAUCCCUCCAGACUGUCUUGUCAGAUGAGACUUGGGAUGGGAUUGUUUUGGAAGUUGGUGUAGGAGUCUGUGGGGUGCCCUCUGUACUCUGGAUGGGGCCUUUGCAGAUGUUCCAGAACAGCCUGGAAGACCGGCUGGCCGCAAGGUUUCUGCACUUAGCACUGUUGACAUGUGGACUGGGUCAUCCUUUUUGGGGGGCGGGGGGUGGGAGGGUGUUCUGCACAUUGUAGGAUGUUGAGCAGCAUCCCUGGCCUCUACCCACCAGAUGCUAGUAGUACCCUCCUCCCCACCCCAUUGUGACAACCCAGAAUGUCCCGGAUAUUGCCAAAUGUCCCCACUGGCUUAGAGGAGGGGCUACCAGUGAAUCACCCAACCGGUUCUCUUUCUACCUAAGCUGCCUGUGUCCCGAGGCCCCCUCCCAUUUAGGAAAGGCACGCGGGAGGCCUCACACGUUUCCCCUUGAGGGGUGAGAUUCUGUCCGCUGUAUUCUCUCAUUUUUCUCCUCCACCUGACUCUGGGAGAGACUUCUUUUCAAGAAGGGAGUCUUCCUGCAGGGCUGUGGGAUCCCAGAAGUGUCUGCAGGUGGGAGACAGUCCGGGGCUCUUCUGGGUUUCACCCAGAGCCCCCUGUGUUCCCCCCAGGAAAGACUGCCUCUCCUUCCACAUGUGGGGUCUGGUGCUCCCGGAGCUUGGAAUGUGUGUGUUGGUGCAGCUGUUCCCCAAGUGCCCUUGCUCACUCAGGACGAAGGAAGAGGAAGACAGAGGGCAGCCAGGGUGAUGUGUGUGUUUUCCACGGUGGCUCAGUCAGGAAAUGGUCCCCGCCACGUCUUCUCUCAAAGGGUCGCCAGUCCACAAACAGAUCCUGAGUUCGGUGGCUCAGCUGCCCACCUGUCCUCCAGGAAAGUGGACCUGCUCACUCCGUUCUGAUAAUGCACCGGAAUCGGGGGCAACAGAGCCGGGGAACUGCUCUU